UCUUGUUCUCAUAAUCUCACUUCAGGGAUGUCGGUAGCUACGAAAAACAAGAUCAAUGCAUCUGCAGCAAUAGAUGCCUCAAAUGAUUCUUCAAUAUUGCUGGAUUAUUGUUACACAAGCUUAGAGAAAUUCGAAGAUGCUAUUGAAACACGUCCAAGAGGCAAGAUUAAGAAAGACAAAGAAACUGAAAAAUACAAGACUAAUGGGAUCAAGUUCGCCUACAACCAGUUAGGCGGUUAUGAUAAUUUUACAACAACAAUCAACAAGCUGAUUGUAGAGCCCCAGGCUCUGGAGCUGCUGGACUUGUCUUUUAACGAGCUGUCAACCAUAGAUCCAGUUCUUCUGGACUACCCAAAUUUAAAGAUUCUUUGUCUCCAAGGCAACAACAUUAGCGACUUACGUGAGAUUGACAAGCUGGCAGCACUGCCCAAUCUCCACACUAUCUCACUGCAGGGCAACCCAAUAGAGGAUGAUGAUCACUUCAAAUGUUAUACCACAAGCAAACUUCUACAUUUGAAAAAGUUUAAUUCAGCACCUCUAACUAAGCAAGAUAAGGCAUGUUCUCAUCAGCAUCAAGGAAAGUCAAAGAAAAAGGCAAAGUAAAUUUCACUAGAAAGUGAUUGAAAUGCACAUAAUGUAAAAAUUGUACAAAAACUUUGAAUAGUAAUAAACUGGUAUUUUGUAUUUUAGGGUAUCAUUCAGUAUUUUUAGAGUUAUCAUUUUAGUGCUUCCAAAAAAAAGAGAUAACCACAUUUACAAAUCAUCAUGUUUAUUUAUGAAUUCUGUACAAUUUGUGAUCCAAAAGAGAUAGCUAAUCUUCUUAAUUCCAUAUCAUGUUUAUUAACACGAACCCUUAUUCAAAUGUAGCAUUUCUAGUAAACAUGAACAUGUACCCCCAAUGAAAUCUUACAGAAUGUCCAUGAUAAGAUUCCUUUUGUUACAUUUUUUUGUAAAAAACAUGCUGUACACUAUAUAUAAAUAAGGAGUAGAAUUUAUCAUAAAAAAGUAACUUUUUUUGAUUUGCAAAAACUUGAAACAGUUACCAGGUACCAUGUGUAGAACUUGGAUGAAUUAAAACUUGCAUAAGCUGGACUAAGUAUAGUUGGAAGUGGUGUUUUUAUUUCAUUAUAAUGGAAACCCAAGAAAAUUGACGAAUCUACAUCCUCUAGAAACAAGGGUUUCUGCUGUCUUACUGGGCCACUUAUAAAGAGAAAAAAAUGUGGCAAGCUAAGCAUCCAAUACGUCACACUAUAAAGUGCAACAAUCAUAUCCAUUGAAGCAACACAGUAUUAUUUCCAAGGAUAUGACUGAUAGAAAAGUUUAUCAUGCUGCAAUAGUCCCAUUCUAUCUCCUGUAUAGAAAGAAUGACCAUGCUGAAAAGAAGCAUUGUGUAAAUAAAUUACCGACCUAUUUACUAUUUAACUUAAAAUACAAUAAAAUUCAGUUUGGAAA